AUGCUGUGCUGGCGCCGCCUGCUCUCUGUUUUGAAGAUGCUUUCCCACAGAAAGCAAGUCCCAGCCGGCACAGGGGGCUCCAGCCUUCGCCGCUGCCUCUCCACCGUGGACCUCGUUGCCUUGGGAGUGGGCAGCACGCUGGGGGCUGGUGUCUACGUCCUGGCGGGGGAAGUGGCAAAGACCAGCUCUGGCCCGAGCAUUGUCCUUUCUUUCCUGAUUGCAGCCAUGGUCUCUGCUCUGGCAGGGCUGUGCUAUGCCGAGUUCGGGGCCCAUGUGCCCCUGGCCGGGUCUGCUUAUCUCUACAGCUAUGUGACAGUGGGUGAGCUGUGGGCGUUUGUCACCGGGUGGAAUCUACUGCUGUCCUACGUCAUCGGUACUGCCAGUGUUGCCCGGGCCUGGAGCGCUACCUUUGACCAGCUCCUCGGCAAGAAGAUGGGGAGGUUUUUGGGUGCUCAUGCGGCCAUGAGCUCUGUGGGGCUGGCAGAGCACCCGGAUGCCUUUGCCGCUGGCCUGGUGGUCCUGCUGGCAGGGCUUCUUUCCUUUGGAGUGAAGGAGUCCACCACAGUCAACAAAGCCUUCACCGCUCUCAACGUGCUUGUCCUGCUCUUCGUCACAGUGAGCGGCUUCAUCAAAGGUGACCUGAGCAACUGGAGGCUUGGGGAGGAUGACCUGCCACGGGCAGCUGCCUGUGAGGCUGGGAACCAGUCUGUGGCCGACAACGUGACCAGUGCCUUUGGGGUGGGAGGCUUCAUGCCCUACGGUUUCACCGGGACCUUGGCUGGAGCUUCUACUUGUUUCUAUGCCUUUGUUGGAUUUGACUGCAUUGCUACCAUGGGGGAAGAAGUGAGGGACCCGCAAAGAUCCAUCCCCAUAGGCAUCAUCCUCUCCCUCCUCGUCUGCUUCCUGGCAUACUUUGGGGUGUCUGCUGCCCUCACCCUGAUGAUGCCCUACUACCUCCUGGACACCCUGAGCCCACUCCCAGCAGCUUUUGAAUACGUUGGCUGGAGCAGUGCAAAGCAUGCCGUGGCUGUGGGGUCACUGUGCGCCCUGACAACCAGCCUCCUGGGCUCCAUGUUCCCCAUGGCACGGAUCCUGUAUGCAAUGGCUCGAGAUGGGCUCCUCUUCAAACCUCUGGCCAAAGUCAGUCGCCGUCAGUGCCCAGUGGUGGCAACGCUGGUGUCUGGAGGAGUGGCAGCUCUCCUGGCCCUGCUCUUUGAGCUGAAAGCCCUGGUUGACGUGAUAUCCCUCAGCACGCUGCUGGCCUACUCGCUGGUGGCUGGCUGUGUGCUGCUGCUCAGCCGCCCUGGUCUGUGCCGUGAGCUGGGUGAGCAGCGCGGGGCUGCCCUGCCUGCGGGCCGGGGGUGCCUGGUGCAUCGCCGCCCUGGCUCUGCCUCUCCUGGGGAUCCUGGCAGCAGCUCUGCUCAUCUGGAGAGCCGUGAGAGAGCAUCCUUCAUGGUUCCCUGCCUGCCCUUCCUGCCGCUCCUCAGCAUCACCAUCAACAGCACCCUGAUGGCUCGGCUCAGCGUGGCUGCCUGGCUGCGGUACCUGCUCUGGAUGGCCGUCGGUUUCCUCAUUUACUUUGGCUAUGGGAUCUGGCACAGUGCCGAGAGCCGCCAGCCCAAGGGGUCAGCUCCCCGGGAGCUGCUGGGAAGCACAGCCACGGAGAUGGCCCCGGAGCCCUGCGGGAUGGUGGGGUACCCAUCUGCUCCAGGGCAAUAA